AUGGCCGGCUGGGUGUUCUGUAAUCGCUGCUUCCAGCCGCCGCACCGCACGUCGUGCUUCAGUCUGACCAACUGUGGCCACGUGUACUGCGACGUCUGCCUGGGCAAAGGUGGCAAAGACAAGUGCUUGAUUUGCAAAGUCCCUUGUCGCACGGUUUUACUUUCAAAACACACCGACGCAGAUAUCCAGGCGCUAUUUAUGGGCAUAGACGGCCUGUGUCAGAAGUACUCCAGAGAGACCUGCCAGAUUGCAGAAUUUCAAGAAAAGCACAGAAAGAGACUCUUGACCUUCUAUAGAGAAAAGAUCACAAAGCUGGAGGAAUCCCUUCAGAAGUCAGUGCUGCGGAUGGAACAGCUUCAGAGUAUGAGAUUGUCACAACAAACAGCUUUCGGCGCAAUAAAAACUCCAGUUUCAACAAAGCCAGGCGGACACCCGCUCCUGCCCCCUGACUCGUCCGCCUCUGACAGGUUGGAGUCCAUGCAGGUUGACCAUACUCCUUCCCCAAUGAGAAAACCUGAGGUGGCAGUUGGCCCAGCAAGAAUCUCUCUGAUCAGCCCACCUCAGCAUGGACGCAUGGGCAGCAUCUCGCGCUUCGGCCCUCAGCUCCUCAGCCUGACGCCCGGUCACAGCAGCAUGUCCCAGGCUCUCAGGAUCCCACCGCUGCCGGUCCCCUGCAAAACGCUGUUCCCGCCGGCAGCGCCCCUGGCCCCCAGCCGAGCGGGAAGAGGGGGCUCGCCCAGCCUUGGGGGCUCCCAGACGCUGGCCCCCAGGCCGCCCAUCAGCAUCUCUGCACUGCUGCAGAAGCAGCGUUUAGUGUGGAGACGCGAGUCUCAGUGGAGCUUCCAUGCGCCAGCAGAACUGGGCUCGCAGGAGCAGCUUCCGAAGCCGGCCGCGCACGUGGGGGGUGAGAGCGCCCGCCCCCGCGGGAGCAGAGCCUCGGGGGGCACGGGGGCCGCUCCCCGCCCCCGGCUCCGAUGGGGUGCCGCGGACACCGGGCUGGGAAAGGACACGCGGGAGACCCAGCCGCGGAGGGGCCUUGGCCGGGACCCCAGCGCGUCAGGAGUCGCGAGGGUCCCUGGCCCAGGAAAGCCGGGGGGGUGCGGCCCGGAGGCGGAUGGGAGCUGGAAGGCAGGGGCGGCAGGGGAGGCGUGA